AUGUCUAGCAUUUUGAAGGUGAGAUUCAGUUCAAUGAUAUCUAUUCUUGCUUUGAUAAUUUUGAGCAGCUCAUAAAUCAAAGAAGCAAGUGGAAUUCAAAUAUUGAGCUACUCUAAUCCUUAAUUAUUCUAUUCAGCAGGGGUUGCAAAUCCACUUCUCUAGGGCAGCUUAAGAUUGGAUAUUAGCUUGUAACUAAUAAGAUGGAAUAUAAACAGCUGGAACAACACAAACAAAGACAUCUAUGUAGCUUUCAAUAUCAUUUACGGUUUAAAUGCAAAUAAUGAUUCGGAUCAAAUUAGGUGUGAGUAUCAGUAUAAUCACACUGUUACAGAUGAAUUCAUAUUCUACGAUCAAACUGUUUUUGCAAGUAACGGGACUACAAAGAAUGAUACUAUUCAGAACAUAGACUCAUUUGAAACCUACCUCAACGGAAUUUAUGCAGAGCCAGGAAGAAUACUUGGAAAUUAUUAAAUUGUGGUUUAAAGAUAUUACACAAAUAAUGAUAACUAAACUGAUGUUUAAUUUAAUAGCUCCAUAGCUACUACAUAGCAGAUAAGAAUAGGAAUCGAGAGAGGGUAUUACACCAGUAACUUCACUCAAGUUAUUGAGGAAUAAAGAUAUUUCACUGCUUCAACAAGAUUGAUGGCAAAUGCAUUAUACUUAAAAACAGCUUAUAUAGCAAUAGCUUUUAGUGCCUUGUUGUUUCUCUUUUCAUCUUGA